AUGCGUAUGACGCAGGUUCUGGCCAGUGGCGGCCUCCUCGCCCACGCGGCCACUGCACUGACGGUGCCUCGACACAACCCCUUCGUUCACAACAAGAGGCAGUACAGCCAUGAGUACCAGAGCAACACGACGAUGGAGUACGACUUCGUCUGUAUCGGCUCGGGACCCGGCGGUGGGCACAUGUGCUCGAACCUGGCCAUUGCCGGCUUCAAGGUGCUCCUGAUCGAGGCGGGUGGUGACAACGGCGAGGACCUCAUCCAGUCGGUCCCCGCCAUGAACAUCGCCUCGACCGAGGACUGGAGCAUGGAGUGGGCCUACUACAUCCACAAGUACGCCGACACCGAGGAGGACAAGCGCGACAGCAAGAUGGUCUACAACACGACCGACGGCAAGAUGUGGUCGUCGUACAACGCGACGGGCAACCUCGGCACGCCCGCCACUUCCGGCGAGAUCCCCGAGGGCGCUGAGCCGCUGGGCAUCUACUACCCACGGACAGGCGCGCUGGGCGGCUGCUCGCGGCACAACGCCCUGUUCAGCAUGCAGCCCUACGACAUGGACUGGGACGACAUGGCGGAGCUGACGGGCGACGACACGUACAAGUCGGACAACAUGCGCCAGUACCUGACGCGCAUCACCGACGUCUCCUACGUGCCGCACUCUGCUGACGCCGGCAAGGGAGGCUGGUACCCGAUGCAGGUCACCUCGCUGCUGACGGCGGCGACGGACCUCAAGAUCGUGUCCGUGCUGGCCGCCGCGUGCACUGCCUUCGGCAAGUCGCUCAUCAGCGAGGUCCUCGACACGGCCACGUACCUCGCCAGCGUGCUGCUCAGCGACCUCAACGCGCCCGGCCAGACCAUGAUCCCCGAGGUCUACCAGGUGCCGCUUGUGAUGCGCGAGGACUCGCGCCGUGGUGGAGUGUACGACCUCAUCGUCGACACUGCCAUGAAGACCAACGACGACGGCAGCCGCAAGUACCACCUCGACAUCAUGCUGGACACUCUCGCCACCAAGGUCACCUUCGACACCACCGGGGACAAGCCCCGUGCCACUGGUGUUGAGUACAUGUCUGGCGCAUCCCUCUACCGUGCUGACCCCCGCAGCGGCUCUGCUCAGCCCGAGGGCACUGGUCACGUCAAGGCGGCCAAGGAGGUCAUCGUUGCCGGCGGUGCCUACAACACGCCCCAGAUCCUCAAGCUGUCUGGUGUUGGCCCCAAGGCCGAGCUGGAGCAGUUCGGCAUCGACGUCGUGCUCGACCUGCCCGGUGUCGGCACCAACCUCCAGGAUCGGUACGAGCAGACCAUGGUCUCCAAGACCGAGACCUCCUUCGCCCUGACCGAGAAGUGCACAUGGCACCCCGACCCGGAGCUGGACCCCUGCAUGAAGACCUACGUCGAGGGAGACAACCCAACCGCCCGCGGCGCCUACGCCUCCAACGGCAUCGCCAUCUCCGUCAUCCGCAACACGACCACCUCGGCCCGCGGCGAGCCCGACCUGAUGAUCCUGGGCGGCCCGGCCAACUUCACCGGCUACUACUCUGGCUGGUCGCAGGGCUGCACGGCCGACUCGAACCACUGGGCCUGGAUCAUCCUCAAGUCGCACCAGCGCAACAACUACGGCACCGUCGAGCUGCGGUCCGCCGACCCGCGCGACACCCCCGUCAUCAACUUCCGCAAGUUCAACAACGACUCCGAGGCCGCCCUCGACCUGCAGGCCAUCCGCGAGGGGUACGACUACGCCCGCCGCAUCAUGGAGGACGUCAUCCCCAUCGGCGGCAUCCUGUCCGGCACCAGUGGCUCUCUGGCCAGCGGCGUCGACGAGAUCUUCCACGGCGCCUUCGACGAGGUCUGGCCGGGCGCGGACGUCACCGACGACGACCUCGACCAGUUCGUCAAGGACGAGUCCUGGGGCCACCACGCGUCGUGCUCGGCGCCCAUCGGUGCCGACGACGACCCGAUGGCCGUGCUAGACGGGGACCUGCGCGUGCGCGGUGUCGAUGGCCUGCGCGUCUCGGACCUGAGUGCUUGCAACAGGCUGCCGGGCUUCUUCCCCAUCCUCUGGAUCCACCAGCUCGUGGAGAAGGUGGCUGACACCAUCAUCGACGAGUACUCGUCGUGA